AUGGCACUCCCACCGGUGACGAUUUUCGAGCCUGGCAAGCAUGACCAUCUCAUACCUGCUCUUGCAUUCAUCCACGAAGCAGUCGUUGAAACAGACUAUACUCUAGCAACAUUCCAACCUCCAUUUCAACACAAAGAUCCCGAGACCCCUGAUCCAAGAGUUCUCGAGUACUGGAAGAACAAUGUUGCUAGAGCUGCUGAAGACACCAAAGUCAUUUUGAUGCAGAUGGCAGUUUCCGAGAGUGGUCAAGAGGAACUGGCAGGUUAUGUCGUUCUCGCGAGCCAGGCUGCUGAGACUGGACCGUUCAGAGGCAGUGUGGAGAAGCUUCUGGUCAGUCCACGGUACAGGAGAAGAGGCAUAGCAAGACGUCUCAUGUCCAAGCUGGAGGAGGUGGCACGAGUGAGAGGAACUACGUUGCUAACUCUCGAUACCGAGGCUGGCAGUCCUGCAAAGGGCAUCUACCCUCGACUUGGAUACACUCGGCUCGGCGAAAUCCCGAGAUAUGGUGUGUCUCCCAAGGAUGGGAGAUUGGUUGAUGAGGUCUUCUUUUACAAGGACCUCAGAUCGACGUGA